CUGUUUAGCACAAUAGCUCCUCUGACUUUUUCUAAUGUGAUACAUCAAUUCAUUCAUUCAAACACAAAAUCCUCGCUAAUAAUUUCACAGUUUCAGCUUCUGUUGGUGUGCUUGCUGUUGCUUACCCAUAAUUGUCUGCCAACUCUCUCAUCUUCUUCUUCUCUCUCCAUUUAUGGUUCCUUUUAAUUGUACUUUCACCUACUGCUGCCUUUAGUAGUAAAAACUAGGAGAGAAUAAGAGUACUAUAGUUACCCACUCCCUGGAUUGCUCUCUCUUCUUCUCUGUGUGUGGAUGUGUUGUUCUCUUUCUCUUUUCAAGUUUCUUCAACCUUUGUUUGCUGCAUUCUCAAAAAAAAAAAACCCCCCUUUGUUUGCUGCAACAGCAGCUGAAAUUUAGCAUCCAAGGCCACUUCCCUUCUUUUGCUCCCUCCCAAAAGUGGAUUUCUUUCUGGUUUCCCCAUGAAGCAAACUGCUCCUCUCUCAGACUCAGAUUCCAUCAUCACUCCCAUGUAAGCUACUUUACUAAUCUUCCAAAAACCAAUCUCUUCUUCCUUCUCUCUGUUUUAAUGGUGUAACUUGGUCAGAUGCUUUGUUGGGUUUGUGAUGAAUCUCUUUGUUUCUGAGUUUAUGGUGGAACUUUCCUUUUUGUGAUGAGAUUUAGGUUGAUGUCCCCAAAAUUUGUUCAAUUCUGACAUCUUAUCCUGUUCCCUAUGCUGUGUUUUCACUUUUCUGAUGUGGGUUUUCUUUUUUCUUCAUCUUGGCUUCUGCUCCUUUCUUUUGUGCUGCUCCUUUGAAAUUGAUGUGCAAAAGCUAACCCCCUCUUUGUUCUAUUCGCUUAGACUCGGUCAGAUUCAUUAACCCUUUCUGCUGAAACAGUGUACUGGUAAUACCGCAGAAAGCUGGUUGAGUGUAUUUUCCUUCAAAAGUUUUUACCUUUACCAGCCUCAGUUUCAUGUCUUUCUCUGGUAAUUUGUUCUAGGUUCUGAAUGAUUGACGUCCUGCUUCUCAGCAAGUUAAGACUUUUCAUUAGGAGUAGAACCUCUAUGCUGUUUGCUUAGCUUUAGAUAAUCAUGAAACUGUAAGAGAAUUGGACUAGUUCCCAUUCUUAAGAGGAUGCUGUGGAUCAAUGGUUACCGUGGCUACUAGGAAUUUGGGUCAUCUCUACUGGUUUAGGCCCUCAACUUUUGCAGUUUAUUUGUCUGAAUUAGUAUUUUUGUUGUUGGUUGGAUUGGUUUAAGAUCAUGCAAUGCAAAAUGCAAAUAGGUUAGGCGCUUACCGUAAGUAAGUAACUCAUCAUUGAUUGGUUGGCGUAGUAGAUUGGCAGUUUUCCUUCCUGCAAGCAGUAAAGUUCAUUCUAUGCUGUCUCCAAUCACUUCAUAGUUCCAGCCACAAAUGACACCAAUUCAGUGUCUUUGAUCUUGUGAAUUCCCUACCUCUAGUUUCGGUUGUGCAUUUUAUAUCUAUAUAUGGUAAGAGAUCUUCAACAGGCAUUCAUUUUUUGGAAGAAAAACAUUGAUGCUUGGAGCACAAAUGAACUUGGAACGAGGUCAAGUAGUCCUCUUGGUCAGUUACUAACGCACAGUAUUAGUAAUGCAAAAUGCUGAUCGGCUGCACUGGAUAGCGGUUAGGAUUGAUACUCACAAACAUAAUUGAUAUAGAUGGCUAUAGUAAGUUGGUGCAGAACUAGUUGGAUGGAUAAGGAUGGAAAACAAAUCUUGCAACAGAGGAAGUUUUAUUAAGAGAAGAAUCUUAACCAAAGGUGAGCAUUGUAGAUGUGUGUGCAGUCCAGAUGUUGCAGUUCGUCUUACGACUCUGGACAUUUCAUCGCAUGAUCUUUUACCUCUAGGCCAGAAUUAGCUCUCUUAAUGAGGUCUUCCCUUUGUUGCUCAAUUGCUUGUUCCUGGUUUCUUGCAAAGAGUCAAAGACCAAUCUUUUUCUUUCAUCUGAUAUAGAUAUAGACAUUGCAUUUUAAGAUUUAAAAGAGGGGAGUUAACUGUAGUUUCACUUAGGAGAACCUAUAGAUAGGGCAAAUUGUGUAGCGUCUUUCCUUAUCGUUCAUCCUAUGUGCUUUAUGAACGUGUAUAAGGCCAUUGUGGAUCUCUAACCAUACUUUUGUCUUCUAUAUACUGUGAUGAAGACUCGGUGCUUAGAUUACAGCUACGCUCUUGGCAACCAUAUCUGCUGAGUUUUUCCCCAUCCGCAAUGUAACUAAUGACACAUUUUUCUCUAAUUGCAGCUGAGAAUCGCUUACUUCCUGCUUCCCUGAUCGCCCAUUGUUUGCGAAAACAUUAAGUCGAACCCCCUCACGACAUUUUCAGACGCAGUCAUGCAUCAACAUCCCAACUCCAAAUUGGAUUCGGAGAACGAGUCUGAUCAUGAAAGCAGCAGCCAAGUAGCAUCAUCAAACUUAUCUGCUAGCGAACCUUCACCGGACCCCUCCAAGGACACCACCACCACCACAACCCUCUCAUCCUCGUCGCUCUCCCUCGACCUCGACCUCUCGCUUCAACUGCAGCACUCCCAAGAGGCCGCUCACCUCAAAUCAGAACACGACUCGGGCAAUGCAGCCGCCCCUGCUACACCACCACCAGCUGGAGCCGGGGUACAGCCACGAGUGUUCUCCUGCAACUACUGCAGACGCAAAUUCUACAGCUCGCAGGCCCUCGGCGGGCACCAGAAUGCCCACAAGCGCGAGCGGACGAUAGCCAAGCGAGCAAUGCGGAUGGGUAUCUUCUCCGACAGGUACAACAGCUUGGCCUCCCUGCCUUUACACGGAGUCUCCGCGUUUCGAAACCUCGGCAUCAAGGCUCAUUCCGCAACUCACCACAGCAACAACAACAUCAUCCCCUUCCAAAGGGUGCAUCCUCAGCAGCAGCAGCCACUGUCGACGGCUAGAUUAGAGCAGAGCUACUACGGGGUGCCGGUGUUGACGAAGGCGGCGGAGGAGGAUGAUGUAGGGUUGUAUUGGCCGGGGAGUUUCCGGCAGGUAGUUGCCGCGGGUGAAGGAAUCGGAUUUGCCGUCACUACUAAUCACAAUAACGGCAACCAGCACUUUGGUCAUUUGCAGUUUGCUGAGAGGCGGUCAGACAGUAAUAGUACUAGUAGUUUUGUUGCCAUGGAAGUGGUGGAUUCUUCUUCUCCGGCGCCGGAUCUGACUCUCAAGCUAUAAAGUUUGGAUCUUGGUUUUUUCUUUUGUUAUUUCUUUUUUGGGUUAGGGAGUAAAUUGAUUGUUGUAACAUCUCUUUGUACAGUGAGAUAUCCAAUUUGCUUGCUCUUGUAUCAGGAUGAGUAUGCUUCACUAGAAAACUGUAAUUGUUUGUUUCUGGGUAGUUGUUGCUGAUAUAUUCGUGUUCUUGGUUGGUUUGUGCAUCUUCUGAUCUUUUCCUAUGUAGUGGUUAAAUGGCGAUUGUUGUAUGACCUUUCAAGCUAAGCUUAUUAGCAAAACACUUGCCACAGCUUUUCUGAAAAACUACCUUUAGCACAGGCUAAAUUACGAUUCAUUGGGUAAUUGAACUCAUGAAUAAGGAUGGCAAUUUCGA